CUGCCUGUUAAGGAGGGGCUGCCUCAGGACCCCUGAAGGUUCUCAGGACCCUGCCCUAGCUCCACUUGGGUUUGGCCUGGCCUUGGUUCUUCUGGUGCAGUGAAGGCCGAGGGUGUGGGGCUGUACAUCUGCUCCAAAGCACCUCCCAAGCCAAAACCUGCUCAGUUAGGUGUGGCUCCUUGGGCCAGGAGGGACAGAAUGGGCACAGAGAGGUGAGGUAGCAGCUAAAAUAGGAAUAGGAAUAGUCAUAAUGGCAAGCACAUAGUGCUCCUAUGACUCAGCCAUUGUUCUAGGUGUUUUCCAUGUAUUAUUUGAUAUAGUUCUCCAAAUACUCUAUGAGGUAGGUGCCUUUAUGCCCAUUUUACAGAUGAGCAAACAGGCUCACAGAAGUGACUUGUGCACAUCUCGCAGCUAGUAGAUAGUAAAAUCAAGGUUUGAAUUCAGACAGCCAGAAUCCAGAAAUUGUGGUGCUCAUGGCAACUGCUACAAUGCAAGAUUUGAGGACUGCACAAGUGCUUGUGUAAAGGACCCCAGCAUGCAUUUUAAGUGAGCACUGCUUAAGGGCUGUGAACUUGCCUCUGAGGAUUCUCAGAGGGAUCUGGGCAGCUGGUGGCCCCUCCCCCACCCUUUAUCAGUGCCCCCAGACUCGCGGUCUCCCCCUCCACCCCCGUUUGAUUUCCCUCCGGUCUCCUCCGCUGAUUCACUGCCCUCCUCUUCCCACCACAUCCCAGCCAUGACCCUGGUUCUGCAGCUGCUGCCGCUGCUGCUGCUGUCGAGGGCCCCGGGGGACCCAGGGGCUUCACUGAACGGCCACCCCGGGGACCGCGUGAAUCUCUCCUGCAUAGGGGUCUCGCAACCCACCCGUUGGGUCUGGGCACCUAGAUUUCCGGCCUGCAAAGGCCUGUCCAAAGGACGCCGCCCGAUCCUGUGGGCCUCACCGAGUGGGACCCCCACCGUGUCUCCCGCCCAGCCCUUUGCUGGCCGCAUAAAUGUCCUGGACCUUGGUAUCCGGCGACUGGAGCUGCUCUUGAGCGCGGGGGACUCGGGCACCUUUAUCUGCAAGGGUCGCCAAGACGAGGAGAGCCGUACGGAGCUUCAUGUGCUGGGAGACCGGGCCUACUGCAAAGCUCUGGGGUCGUCGUAUUCCCAGAUUCUGAUCCCGCUGCUGGGCGCUGGGCUGGUGCUGGGCCUCGGAGUAGUGGGCUGGGCCUGCUGGCGGCGCAGGCGCUCGCCCCCUCAUCCGCCUCCACCAACCCCCAGAUUUGCUCUGUCCCCCCCACAUAGUUUCACUCGUGAAAGCCGAGCCCCAGAGGCCAGAAGAGGAGGAAGAGCCCAAGAUGUCAGGGGACCUGGAUCAGGAGCCGAGCCUGCUCUACGCAGACCUGGAUCAUAUGGCCCUCAGAAGGUCAAACCGACUGUCUCCAGUGGUCCCUGCUGAUGCCUCCACCAUCUAUGCUGUUGUAGUUUGAAGGGAAGCCUUUACAGCAAACCUCACAAGCUGGGGGCUCCCAGAUCUCCAUUACACCCCUCCCCUUCUUGGCCCUUCACCUGACAAAGGAAGGCACCAUGGGACAGAAAUGAGCACUAGACUGGGAGUUGAGAGACCUAGGUUCCAGGCUAUCUCUGCUGCUGAUCUUGGUCCUUCCUUACCCCUGUCUCUCACACCCGUUUCCCCACCUUAAGACACCAGCAACUCCUAGAUCGUUGCCCUAUCUCUUCACUUCUCUUGACAGUCAAGCUCUUUGAACCAAGGGCCUACACCUGUCUCUUCCAUUUUUUCCUUGCUCCUACUACUCACCUGUCUCCAUGAGAUUGCCAGUGAUGUAUUAAUAGCCACACCCACUAGAUGUUUUGUUAGCAUUCAUCUGGCUUGACCUUUGAUUGCUCUCUUAUUUAAGCUCUGUUUUUCUUUAAUGUUGGUGUCUUCCUCCUGGACUCCCUUUCCUUCCUCCCUAUUCCCACAUUAUUCCCCACCAUUCCAGGUUUGUCUUUUUAAUAUCUGCUUUUCUCCCUCUUCUAGGAUGCUAUCAUCCACAGCCAGUCCUCAGCCUUUACUUUAACUGCAAACAACACCCAGAAUUCCCUCCAGUUCCCAUCUCUGAUAUGAGAUUUCCAAACUGUCCCUCAGACAUCCCUGCCUGGCUGACCCUAGGUAUUUUGCACACAGCAGGUCCAAAAGCCAAUGCACUGUCAUUUCCCAAGCCACUUAUUUAAUCCUUCCUCCAUGCAUCUUCUCUUGAUCAACCCUGUUGCCCAAGCCAGAAAGUGGGAGUCAUGUAACCUCCUUCCUCUCACUCCCACAUGAUAAACCAAGUCCUGUCUAUUUUAAUGUCGUUGUCAAAUCCACACCCUUUGCAUGCCCAGCACUGCCACCUGAGUGUACUCGCUUCAGUUCCUCCCUGGAUUUCCCACAGGCUCAUCUCAUUCUCCUGCCCUUGCUCUCCUCACUGAAACCAGAAUCUCCCUGAAUGCUAACCUCUUGACCGCCUACAUUUCAGCAGUAUUUCAGUUCUGGCCCUCAGCCUUGGUUUCAAGGUGUUACAGUAUUCUACUUACUCUCCAGGCUUAUCUCUGUCACUCGAUGCCUAGAACAUGACAGCCUUUGAGAAAUUCUUCCCAGCCCACAAAUAUGCCUGUGCCCACUGCAGUUCCUUCUUCCUGGAUUGCCCUUUGUCUCCUUCUCACCAUGCGCCUGGCUAAUUCUUAUUUAUCCUCAGGACUCAGUUCAAAUGUAAUCUUUUCUGGGAAGUUAUUUCUGACCCUCUUAGCCCACUCCUGCAUAUACUUUGAUGCCCUCUGGAGCCCCUUAUUUCUCUCAUAGCAACAGCCUCCUGUGAAUUGUUCCAUUACAACCUGUAUUUCAAUUUAUAAGAAAUUUUCAUGUACUGUGAGUUCCCUGAUAUCAGGAGACUGACCCUUUUUCUCUCACUGCUAAGCCUCGGUAAAUGAGUGAAAAUGAAUGUCCCUGGAAAUGUCAUUUCCUCCUA